UUGUUGAUUUCCACAAUUUUAUUAGACAAGGGAUUAUGUUAUUUCGGAAUGACGAAAUUCUGCGAAAUGCUAGUUUGAUCGCUGCAUAGAUCAUGGACUUCCUCUAAAGUAUAAAGUUAUAUGUGUAUUUUCAUAGUGUGAAUUUUUUACGUUUUCAUGUGGAAAACUCGUACCCUGUCGGAAAAAUGGUGACACUGACUAAGUUUUUGGUAGUUGCGACAUUCACCGUUGUGUUCGUAUUGGGUACAGCAUUUAUAUCUGGUGCAAAGCAAGAAAACACUCUGGAGUUAGAAGACCUUGAAAAUUCAUUUCAAGAUGAGAAAGUUAACCCACAGGAAAAUUUUGUUCUUAGAAAAGAGAAAUCUUUGUUGGAGCCAUUGAAUCAAGAGAACACUGACCACUACUGGGACGAUGUAAUUGAUUCAGAUGAUGAUGAGGAUUCUCACACAUCACUGCCUCACUAUAUAGAAUCAAGUACUCUUAUUAAAAAUACAACUAAAAAGAGUCAUCUCCUUCUUGUGAGCACAUUGGAUGGCACCCUUUCUGCCCUUGAUGCAUCUGACGAAGGCAAUGUAUUGUGGAAAAUUGAGACUGGGCCUGGUAGUCUUCUAUCAUCUAGUAUAUCUAAAGUGGAACUAAAUAGCCAUGGAAAACUUGUAAGACUAAUACCCUCUCUGGAUGGAGGAUUGUAUAAAUUUGAUGGUGAAGGUAUAGAGCCUAUACCUAUAUCAGCUGAUUCACUUUUGCACUCAUCAUACCAUGCAGCAGAUGACCUUCUCAUUACUGGUGGCAAAGAAGUUAGAACUUACGGUGUUGACGUACAUACUGGGCGUCUCCAGUAUAUGUGCUCUGCCGAUGGUUGCCAUGUAGAACCGGCGGAAGCUGGAACAAGCAACGAAUUCCUUGUUCUAAGAAGGCACAGCCAAAUCGUUCGUGCGAUAGAGCCGCGAACUGGAACAGAACGGUGGAAUUUUAGUGUCGGUCGACAUGAGGCAUCUCUCAUUCAUACCCAUGCCGAUUCAUUCUCGAGAUGUAAAUCUGAAAACAUCGAGACUACAAAAGAACAAGUGGAAUGUGUUUUUAAUCAUUCAACGGAGGAAGCUUACGUACAAGCACAAUCAACCACCGAUAUGUUGAAACAGUUUCCGGUGGAAUUCAAAGUUAUUGUCCCAGAUGGAGUUGUUUGUGCCAUUCAUUCGGAGCGUCCUGGCCAGAUUUUGUGGAAACACAAGUUUGAUAGUCCAGUUGUCCACGUAUGGAAAUUAAUAGGAGGGAUCUUGACGCCUGUUGACUUGUUUAAUCCAAACUUUGUCCCAGCCCUGGAAAGUCAGCCGGACGUUCAUGAAGACGCCACGGCGAUUGCGUCCCCUCUUCUUUAUGUCGGUAUCCACAAUAACCAGCUAUAUGUGCAAGAAAGUGCUCGUAUGACGGAUUUCACACUUACGGAACAAUCGAGACACGCGACAGGUGGAAACCCAAGUACUUCCUUAAGUGCAUUAUCGUCUCUUCGGGUACCAUGGCAACCCUUAACUGCAAAAACAUCUUUAUUGGCUUACCCAGGCCGACCUGGCCGUUUCGCCACGUCCACUGUGGCCCCUGUCGAGGACAAGAACGAAGCAGAUAUCGAAAAGCAUGCUAAAGAAGAUAAUGAUCCAAAACUUACUGCUCUGGUGGUUCGCCAUUCGACUGACCAUCCCUACGAUCGAGGGUUUUAUUUAUUUGAAGAGAGCAAAAUACCCAAGAAAGCUAAAAGACCAACAAUUCAAGAUAACUAUUCCGGUCACAUCGAAGAUGAUGAAGAGGAGCUUUGGGAAGGUGGAAGACAUACUCCGGUCCAUAUAGUCAUCGUAUCGUUAUGGUUUUGGUGGCGUGAAGUGGUUUUUAUUAGCUUGUUGACUGCUUUCGUCUUUCAUAUGGUUAUAACGAGACAGGUAGUUAAAUUCUUACAGCACAGAUGGGCAGUAGAGCUUCAUCGUCACAUCAGUGCAAUAGUUCCUCCGUUGGCUCGUCUUACUACACCUGAUACUACGGGUGACGGUGCAACGUUUUUGAAUAACCCUGCCAUCGAAAUUGGAGAAGAAGCACGCGACGAAUCGAUGAAAUCGGUGGUCGUUCAACAAGCCCCAGCACAGCUUAACGUUGGCAGUGGCCCAGCUGCAUUCGUGUCCCGCUAUCUUACAGAUUUCGAACCGAUUCAAUGCCUCGGAAGAGGUGGCUUUGGGUUAGUAUUUGAAGUUCGCAAUCGGCUAGAUGAUUGUCACUAUGCAGUGAAACGCAUUCAACUUCCAAACAGCGAAGAAGCUAGGGAAAAAGUCAUGCGCGAAGUUAAGGCAUUGGCAAAGCUCGACAAUCCUCAUAUUGUGAGAUAUUUUCACGCUUGGAUAGAAUGCCCACCACCUGGUUGGCAGGAAUCUCAAGACGUAGCAUGGAUUAAUAGUGAAUCAGUAACUGGACCUACUCCUUUCAACACAGGAGAAGACAGUUGCAUAUCGAAAAUCGAACCAUACAGUUCCGAUGGUUUUGGAUUUUCAAACAACAAAUCUACAAUUGAUCAAUUUCGAUUGUCGAAGCAGAUCGACUCAAUCGAUCUGAGACGUCGGUCGCUGACGGACGACUCAUUUGAUGUGGUGUUCGAAGAUUCUAGUCGCAAAAGAAAAAAUUCUUCCAGUGGGUUAAAUUUUGAAGAUGAAACAUCAGAGAUAUGUUCCAAAAAUACCAGUGCACGUGACCCGGAAGGCAGUUAUGCAGUUAUGAGAAAACCGUUGGGAGGUAGCCGUUCCAUGAUGAAGAGCCGUCAAAAAAAUCUGCUGAAAAGUCGUAAUCGCCCUGGGCCAGAAGCGAAAAUGUUUCUCUUUAUACAAAUGCAACUUUGUCGUAAAGAAAGUUUACGUGAAUGGUUGCGUGCGCAUGUGACUCACCGUGAUACGUAUCAAGUUCUGCAGAUGUUCAACGAAAUUGUUCGAGCAGUGGAAUAUGUUCACCUUCAGGGUCUGAUUCAUCGAGAUUUAAAACCCUCAAAUAUCUUCUUUGCUCCUGAUGGGGCCAUAAAGAUAGGUGACUUCGGAUUAGUUACUGCGAUGGCCGAAGAGGCUUGCAUGUAUUCGCCUAUGUCUCCUGACGGAAACGCUAAUUGCGGUAUUGGGUUUACACCAUUCCAGCGUACUCACACUGACCAAGUCGGGACACAGAUGUACAUGAGUCCUGAGCAAAUUGAAGGCAAACCAUACAAUCACAAAGUAGAUAUUUAUUCCCUUGGCUUAAUUUUGGUAGAGUUGCUUUGGCCCCUUACUACACAGAUGGAACAGGUAACUGUCAUUUCCCAGCUACGGAAACUGAGGUUCCCGCAAGGAUUCAUCGAGAAAUAUCCGGAAGAAGCGGUACUAUUACGUAAGAUGCUUUCCCGAAAUCCUGAUGAAAGGCCGACUACCUAUGGUAUUCGAUCGUCUACACCACUAAAAAAUUUUCAGGACCCGAUGGUGGACAUUCCGGAAUACUUACACUUUAGCUUAGUACGCCCUCGUAGCACGACGCGGACUUCUUCCACUAGUAGUAAUUCCUGAGUGACCUAUGGUCAAUGUAUACCCUCCUCCUGCCCCGCUAUCCCUUGCAUUGGUCUUUCAGUGAUGGUACUGAAAACAUGUAUAUUUUGUGCAAAGGUUUUCUACCCUACCUAUAUCAACAAACUGUUCGAAAACA